GUCAAAGGCAACUCUGUGCAACACCAGCCAGAGCAGUCUGGCGCAAAUAAGGGAGGCUGUUUCCCCUCGGACUCGGAGACUCCUAAAUAAAGCAGGAAAAGGAACGCGGCUGCUAUCCCAUCCUCGAGUUACCUGUUCUGGACCCUAACCUGGCGUUCUAAAGUCCCCUGGAAGCGGGAGUGGAUGGACUAAAAGGUCAGGUUGCACUUUGCAAUCUGAGAAGAUUUUUCUCGGUUUCUUUUUGUGGAGUAAAAGGACUGCGAGUUUCUUUCGGGAUCAUUUUGGGGUUGAUUUUUUUUGUUUUUUCUUAAAUCCAGCAUAAUUGUGGCGCGAUUGUGAGUCAUAUUACAAACCCUGGAGCCUGUGAACACUGCUUUCCAUUAUUUUUUAAUUGGAAUAACGGCCAGAUAACCAGGAGACUCUCGGGGGGAAUUUUUGGUGCGUAAUUUGGGCGAUAUGUGCGGAUGCUGAGCCGCAGAAGUAGUUGUGCCUCCCUUAUUUUUUCCUAAUUUAAUACCCCAUUUUUUCCAUGGAGUAGUCUGAAUCACAGGUAAAGACUUAAAAAGGAGCGUGUUUAUUCUGUUUCGCCUGGAACAAACAGGCGGCUCUGAUGCGCAGAUUCUCCGUAGUAUGUGGUAAAUGACCAAUGGGGAAUCAUGAACAGCUCUUCAGAACUCGAAGAUGGGACUCGGCAUAAAAACCAGAAUUUCUGUGAGUGUGUGCCCAGCUCCUCCCAGCUCAAACACCGCUGGUCAGACUCAGAAAGUGCCAGGGAGACUCCGGCCAAGAGGAUGAGCUGCAGCUACCUGCUCUGCACCAUCCUGCUCUUCGUGGCUGUGCUGCUUGCCGUCACUGUAACUGGCACCAUACUUUUUAUGAAUCACUACCAGGCUCCGCCAAUGUCCGAUGGCCUGCCACACAUCUCCACUAAUCAGGAUGAAGCAAACGCCCUGGUCACCGUUGAACGAGGCGACGGCUCUCGCAUCAACAUCUUCAUCGACCCCAACUGUCCCGACUACAACAGUAACUUUUUGCGCCUGGAGGGCGUGCAGACGUCACUGCUGCACUCGCUAACCGACCACGACUCUGACCUGAAGUCGGUGAAGGGCCAGGACCGAGCUCUUCUCGUCAGUCUGGCUGAGGAGGUGGCCAAGCUGUCGGCCCACGCGGGACAGCUGAAAAUGGACUACGAAUCCCUGCGCAGGGGGCAGGGCAGCCUGGGGCAAGACCUCAACACACUCCAGACGGAGCAGGGCCGCCUCAUACAGCUGCUGUCGGACAGUCAGAUCAACAUGGUGAAGGUGGUGAAUUCGGUGAGUGAUGCUCUGAACGCCAUGCAGAAGGAGAACGUGGGGCUGAAGGCACGCGUCAAGGCCGAUCUGCAGAGGGCCCCCGUCAGAGGGGCCCGUUUCAAGGGCUGUGCCAACGGCUCACGUCCCCGUGACUGCGGUGAUCUGUACGCCAGUGGCCAGCGAGAGGACGGCAUCUACUCCGUGUUCCCUGUGCACCACCCUUCAGGCUUCCAGGUCUACUGCGACAUGACCACAGACGGAGGAGGCUGGACGGUGAUCCAGCGCAGGGAGGAUGGCUCGGUCAACUUCUUCAGAGCAUGGGAGUCCUAUCGUGAGGGAUUUGGCAAGAUCACCGGUGAACACUGGCUCGGGCUGAAGCAGAUCCAUGCUCUGUCCAUCCAGGGGAACUACGAGCUGCGUAUCGACUUGGAGGACUUUGAAAAUAGCACCGCUUACGCCCAGUAUGGAACCUUUGGAGUGGGCCUCUUCUCCGUCGACCCUGAUGAUGACGGUUAUCCUUUGACUGUGGGAGACUAUUCUGGCAAUGCAGGUGACGCUCUGCUGAAGCACAAUGGGAUGAAAUUCACCACCAAAGACCGGGAUAACGACCACUCGGAGAACAACUGUGCCUCUUUCUACCACGGGGCCUGGUGGUACCGCAACUGCCACACCUCCAACCUAAAUGGGCAGUACCUGCGCGGCCAGCACACCUCCUACGCUGACGGCAUCGAGUGGUCCACCUGGACCGGGUGGCAGUACUCCCUCAAGUUCUCUGAGAUGAAAAUACGACCUACCCGUGACCAAGAUAAAAAAUGAGAAAAACAACAGGAAAAUGUUUAUUUUGAAACAUUUGCAACCACAAAUUCUGACAGCUAGGCGGAGUUUCUCGAUAUAGUUUAUUCACUAAAACAUACCUCUGUGAGUUUUAUCCC